UGGGUUUGCCAUAUCUGGUGGACAAAAAUUGGUUUGGUCUGAUAAAGAAGACUACCGAAAAGCUAGACAGUCAAAGCAUAGACUCUUACCUUGCCGUGCUAACAGCAAAACCAGAGUUGGCUGGUUUUGAAGGAAUUGAAUUCCCUGCAAACAUUGCCAUCACAGGCACAAUGUUCUCGGCUACCAUAGACCAAGUAUGGAAUGAAUUACAUGGAAAAGAUCCGAAAGGCACAACAUAUGACCCGAAAAGCGAAGAGAUCAUACAAGAGGAACAAAUGAAGAGGCUAUGCUUGUUUGCAGUGGGGAAAGAGCCACGAUGGGGGGGAGUAUGUCAAGAAAUGGAACGAUGUUGAGAAGGUUAGUGUGUCAAUACCCAAGUGAGUUAAGUGUAAGUCGUAUUGUUUAUUUUUUUGACUAAUGUAUGUUAUUUAAUGUCAGCUCAUCAUGAUUGUUCACUUCAACGAUCACUGGGCCACCUGUUUGGUGAAUUUCACGGACCAUGAGUUGACGAUAUAUGACUCCAAUCAGCACAAGUUCGAUGAUAUCCAUCUCGAUAUACGUCAAUGUGUUUUCUUGCCAAUCUGCAGGAUUAUACCACAGAUCCUCAAGAAGAUUGGCUAUUAUGAGAAGCGCAAUGUGGAUGGGAAAUACACAGAAUGGAUAUAUUCCUACCCAUACGAUGGAUCGAACAAUCUGAAACAACUGGAUAGCGUAAGUUGUGGGGUUCUGUCUAUUAAGUAUGUCGAGAUGAUGCUUACUGGAAAGUUCGUUGAAAAGAACAUGAGCAAGGCGGGGCUUAAAACAUUCCGUGAAAAGAUAGCAGAAAGCAUCUACAAAUUCAGCACGGAUGCAAGUACCUUUGAGCCCUUGGAAGAUGAAGAUGAACAAGAGGAUGCCGGUGAAGGCGAAGAUGACGGUGAAGGCGUUGCGGCAGCCAAUCUUCGUGAAUGAACAAUCAGUUUAUAUUUGUAAUACAAUCAGUUAGUUUAUUUUGAUUGUCAAUCAGUUUAGGCUUGAUAAAGAAC